UCCGCUACGAAGACGCGUUUAAUCUCCUCUAAGAUAAUAAACAACGUCUGGUAAGGUACUGUUAUAACAAAUGGCAUGCAAAUACGCGUAACGCGUCCUUGUGUAACAUUAUAGACUGUCAUAGUCAUAAUCAAAGGCUUGAGUUCUGAUCGGAUUCAUUCAUUUUGUCCCACUUAAUCGGACAAGUGUUCCUUCAGUUUAUUAACUUCAGAGGAUCGGCUUCGAAAGCACACGGUUAAAUCAGUGUUCAUGCCGGAUUUUGAGCAUUUCAGAUUUUCCUACUCCAGAAUGAAUCCUGUAUUGGGGGAGAACGUGUAUCCGUUCCAGCAGAACCAGGUGACGGGCUUCGCGGACUCCGCGUCUUCGGGCCACUGGACCGAUCCAGCGGGCCUUUUCUUAAGCGAACACACGAGUGGCAUCGGGCAAGAUGGGUUGGACCUAGGAGCUUUACCCCCUCCGGGAACACCAUAUCUGCACCUGGGUAACUAUCUCCACCGGGUGUCUCCACCUCCUCCUGCCGCCGCGGCCCUGCGAAACGACCUGGGGUCCAACAUCAGCGUCCUCAAAACUCUGAAUUUGCGCUUCCGCUGCUUUUUAGCCAAAGUACACGAGCUGGAGCGCAGGAAUAAAGUAUUGGAAAAGCAGCUGCAACAGGCUUUGGAUGAGAGCGCGGAGUGUGUAGAAAAUAAAAGGCCUUUAACGCGAGAUGUUGGAGUUCAAACAGGCUUCGUUGGAUUGAUUCCUGUCGGGCCCGACUUGAUACCCCUUCAGAACGCGAACGACACCGCAUAUCUGUCCGGAGCCUUGCUUUCACCGACUCUCAAUAACACCACCCUCCCUCUCGAGUCCAAUAACAGUACAACAAUAGAAAACCUGAACCCAUCCAAUCUGAAGGACUCUAAUUCCAAUCUCACCCCAAAUUUCCCCAUCAGCCCGAUUGAUCCUGCUCCAAAAACAUUCAGCAAUAUUAACGCGAAGUAUGUCAAUACUGGUAUCGGCUGUAGCAGCAACCCUCCACCCAGAUUUCACCCUGGCACUGUGUGGUCGUAUAAUCAGAGGUUCAGCACCGGGCGUGAGUUGCGGGUCUCGGGUCCGGGUCCGGGUGUGUCGUCGAGGGUGCCUCCAGUCGGAGUGGGUGUCCAGAUCGACACCAUCACCCCAGAGAUUCGGGCCCUGUACAAUGUGCUCGCCAAGGUAAAGAGGGAGAGAGACGAAUACAAACGGAGAUGGGAAGAGGAAUACACAAUGCGGGUGGAUCUACAGGAAAACGUUGCAGAGCUUGAAGAGGACCUGCAGGAGAGCGAGGUGUGUCAGGAUGAACUUGCUCUGAGAGUUAAGCAGCUUAAAGCAGAGCUGGUUCUGUUUAAAGGCCUCAUGAGCAAUAAUCACUCUGAUUUGGACAGUAAGAUUCAGGAGAAGGCCAUGAAAGUGGACAUGGACAUCUGUCGCAGGAUUGACAUCACGGCUCGUCUGUGUGAUGUAGCCCAGCAGAGAAACUGCGAAGACAUGAUUCAGAUCUUCCAGCAAGUAGCCACACCUCCGUCAACCUUGACCCACCGUCCUCGAAAACCAGCAGCACAGACAGUCAGGGGGAACGAGAGCGAUGAACCAGCAAGCAUCUCUGAAAGUGAGGAGAGUGGGAAUAAGGAGGUGGAGCUUUGUUGCUCAUCAACCAAUCAGAUCAAUGAGGAGAUGCAGAGAAUGCUCAACCAAUUGCGCGAGUGUGAGUUUGAGGAUGACUGUGACAGUCUUGCGUGGGAAGAGACUGAGGAAACUCUGUUACUCUGGGAAGAUUUUCCAGGAUACACCUUCAGUGUUGAGAACCAAGGAGAACAGGAGGAGUCCAUAGAGAAAGUGAUAAAUGACACGGAGUCCCUUUUCAAGUCCCGUGAAAAGGAAUAUCAAGACACCAUUGACCAAAUUGAGUUGGAGUUGACAACUGCUAAGUCGGAUAUGAACAGGCAUUUGCAUGAGUAUAUGGAGAUGUGCAGCAUGAAAAGAGGCCUGGAUGUUCAGAUGGAGACCUGCAGACGAUUAAUCACUCAGAGUGGAGACAGAAAAUCCCCUCUUCUUGUUUCGGUUGCUGUGGAGGAAGGAGAGAAUGCGGAGAAGGAGAGGAAAAAAGCAACUGUGGCAAAUUCUGACAGCACUGAACCGUAUUAUGACUUGCAGUCGAACUCUGCUGUCCCGGACCACACAUGGAAAAAGGCUUAGGAGCAUUUAUAUCCCUCCAGCACCACAGAAAUAGCUGCAAUUAUAAACGUAUGGUGGUUAUCAUUUCAUAACAGAGACUGUGAUGCUGCAGCAAGAAUCCACAGUGAAUGGGUUAUAGUUACCUUUUGAAAGGCAAGUAACCAUGUGUGGUUUCACUAGUGCCCUCUAUUGGAAUACACCGUUAAUAGUCAAAAAGAUCCAUUAUUUGCACUUCCAGCAUGUCACAUUAUAUUAAUUCUGGCCAAAAAUGUGAGGCUGGAUGUGAUAUCACUCUUUCUAGAUUACAUCAUUUUAUUUAUUUUAUGCAGAUAAACACCAGGGUCAUUCCUGUUAUGUAGUACCUUUUGAACGCUGUAAUUUGUCAUUUAAGGAAGAUAUUUAAAUGAGGACUUAAAAGAAUAUGUUCUAGUUAAGAAGGCACCUCAUUAUAAUAUGAUGUAAUUUCCUGGAAAAUGAUGUCAAAAAGAAACUGGCAUUUGUUAGAUGAUUGGAAGAAAAAAAACGUUUUGUUUGCAACAUUUUGAAUGGAGAAGGAAAACAAUUAAGGAAACACCUGAAAGGUUUCUGAAUUACCAUAUUGUAUCAUCAAGUUUUGCUUAAAAUUACAUAGGAAACUAUAUGAAUUUUACUAAAUUAACUAAAAAGAAU